AUGACGCGAAUAUCAAACGAAAUGUUGAGCUCGACCUUCGUGGCGUGUCUUCUCUACUUAUUCCUCAUCCGCACGUGCUCGGCCCAAUUUUCAAUUGCAACGUCAUCGGCCUCAGCGGGUAGUGCAGUGGCUUCUGCCGGCGGUGUCACUUCCAUUGCGCAAGUGCCUCAGCUGGGCUUCGGUUUCGGGUUGAAUCAAUGGCAACAGCAGCCAGCUGGAAAUUCAUUCUACAACAAUUACAUCGGACAUCGUCGUGGCGGACCAAGACCGGGAGGUCGUCCACCACCGCCGCCUCCACCGCCACCGUCGUCUAAUCCAUGGGGCUGGAACAGACAACAAGCUGGCUGGGGAAACUGGAAGACUCAAGGCAACAACAAUAAUCCCGGCUGGGGAGGCGCUAACUGGGGCGGUGAACCCACGCCUCCUGGAUGGGGCAACAACAGACCUUAUCAACCUGGCUGGGGGAAAUGGAAAUCAACCCGGCUGGGGUAA